CCCCUAAUAGAUGCAUUUCAUGUUAAUAAAAUCACAGCAUUCUGGUGUAAUGAGUGUUAUCAAUGCAGAGGUCAUGGUGAUGCUGUUCUAUGUCUCCAUUUCCACGAGAAUAAACUCGUGUCUGGUUCUAAAGAUACAACCAUCAAGGUGUGGAUCUUCCUGGAGGUACUGCCAGUUCCGUUUAGCUGACUCUGCCUGGCCAUCAGCCCAGUGACGUGUACAAUUUGAUGACACAAGAGUGAUAGUGGAGCUAGUGAGGCUUAUAAAAUUUGGAGCCUUGAGACUGGCAUGCGUGUAGAACAAUUGAUGGAUUUUCAGCUCAGAAGGAACACAGGAGUAAUACGUAAGCCAUUUCUACAUACCAAAUAUUAUGUUAAUAUAACGUACAAAAUAAAUCUAUUUUAAAUGCAUUUCAGCGAAUCACGAAGCACGCCCGCUUGUCUGGUUUUGCACA